ACCCUGUAUAUUAGUAUUUGAUUCGGCACCUGGAAUAAUUCCUAUAAAUGUUGGUAAUAUAAUUCUUCAGUAUUUAUAUUGGGAGUAUAAACUCAAAAAAAAAAACAGUACAAUAAAUAUGAGCGAUUUUGACGUGAAAUGUGUUUAUCCUGAAGUACCUCAGCAACACAAUGCUUAUGAUUGCGGAAUUUACGUUAUGCAAUAUGUUGAACUUUUUUUUCUACAUCAAUAGUGGAUUACUCAUCGAUACCAUCAUUAAAAUAAUGGUUCGCAGUGGAAGAAGUUCGAAAUAAAAGACUUAUUUUAGAGCUGAUAGAAAAAAAAAGCAACUGAGCAGAAAUAUAGAAAAUGUAAAUGAGGGAAUAAAGACAUGUAUUAUAAGAUAGAAGAAAAUAUAAAUUUGGACAGUUUCAUGCAGUUGAAUUGUGAUAUCAAUCGCAUUAAUGAUGGACGAAAGAGAUAACAUGUCUCCGGAUAUUUACGGUUCCGAAACAAUUCCAGGAGAAAAAGAGCUUCCAAUCGAUGAUGACGCGACAUACAACUUUAUGCACAAUGGUCAACAGUGGGAUUUUGUAGAUGAAUCAGAAAAAAAAGAGAUGAAUCUUGAAGAUAAGUGUGGUAAGAACUGCUGUUGCUUAUCAAACGAUUGUACUCGUUACAAUAACAUGAUGAAAAAAUUGGACACAGUUAUAAAAAAUCAAGAGAAACUUCAGACUGAAAUGGAUGGGAUGACAAAAUUUUUUAAAACUGUUGAAAAUGCUGUGCACGCUAUCGAAAGAUGCUUCCACCAUAUCAUACACUUGAUAACUGAUCAUUUAAAUAUGAGUUUUGAAAAUAAUCAAUAAAAAAAUUAUGAGUAAAAA